GACAGGCAGAGAGACGAACGUCGGGGAACCGAGGCUCCUAGAGGGUUGGCAAUUGUGUCGCUACCGCCAUGGGCAGCAAGACCCUGCCGGCUCCCGUGCCCAUCCACCCGUCGCUUCAGCUCACCAACUACUCGUUCCUGCAGGCUGUGAACGGGCUGCCAGCUGUGCCCUCGGAUCACGUGCCCAACCUGUACGGCUUUAGUGCCCUGCACGCUGUGCACCUGCACCAGUGGACCCUGGGCUACCCUGCCGUACACCUGCCGCGCUCCACUUUCUCCAAGGUGCCCGGCGCCGUGUCCAGCCUCGUGGACGCCCGCCUGCCGUUACCUGCCUUCCCCUGGUUCCCGCACGUUAUUCAGCCCAAGCCUCAGGACGGGGGGGCUGGCGGGCCGCCGCUCAAGGCCAAGCCGCGCUUCGACUUCGCCAACCUGGCUUUGGCCGCUACCCAGGAGGACCCGUCCAAGCUCGGCCACGCCGAGGGCCCUGGCUCGCCUCCACCCGGGCUCAGCGCCCUGCUCGACGUGAGCAAGCUGUCGCCGGAGAAGAAGCCCACCCGGGGCCGCCUGCCCUCCAAGACCAAGAAGGAGUUUGUCUGCAAAUUUUGCGGUCGUCACUUCACCAAGUCCUAUAACCUGCUGAUUCACGAGCGAACGCACACGGACGAGAGGCCCUACACUUGUGACAUUUGCCACAAGGCGUUCCGGAGACAAGACCACCUCCGCGACCACAGGUAUAUACACUCCAAAGAGAAGCCCUUCAAGUGCCAGGAAUGCGGGAAGGGAUUUUGCCAGUCCAGGACUCUAGCCGUCCACAAGACGCUGCACACGCAAGUGAAGGAUCUCAAAGUCAACAAAAUCACAUGCUGAAGGCCCGCGCGCACCAGGGCCCAUCGGCAGAACUCGGAGGAAGUAGCCUCCGCCCCUGGUCCCAGGCAAGAGCCCGAGACCCCUUAGCCUGGAGCAAAGAAAGGCGGUGCCAGCCACUGGCAGGGCCGGGAGCGAAGGCCGGGCUCUGCCUC